AUGACGGCGCUUCCCGCAAUAGCACCGGCUUCGACGACUCGAGCAAGGAGGUUCAAGACGCGCAACAAGAUGCCUGUGCUCAUCGGCGUGCAGGCGGACACGAUUCUCACCGAGGAAGCUCAGCUCGAUACAACGCACAGGCUGGGCUUGGCGGUCACCACCACUCAAGGGGCACUUUCACCUCAGGCCAUGCUGGUCAACUCGCAAGGACGGGAAAAUAGUCCGAUGGACCCGCUUCAGGAUGGGUCCCUGGGGUCGCAGGAUCCUCAUCCGAGUCGGGUCGUGGUCGGCGAGGAUGAACGCGCGACGAGAGGGGUCGACGUCACGGAGGAACAAGAAUUGCAUCUCCAACUCGUACUACGUCAGUUCUCAUCCGCUUCAUUCUCUUCGACGACUUCGACCGAGAUCAUCCCCACUUCGUCCGAAGCGGCUGCGUCUGCCGAUGCGCCAGAACAGCUUUCGUCGAUCCCGACUCCGAGCGCAGCCGGUCGAGUCGACGACGAAACCUACCACAGACUCUACCGCUCUUCCCCACCGUGGUCCCACCCUCACACCUACCUUCGUUUUUCCGACACGGUGCAAGAUACGCUCCUGCACCAAAUCGACUACACCAUGGACGAGCAAGACGAAGAUUGGCUCAUCGCGUACAACCAAGACGUCGCGAGGAUCGCCAAAGGUCAACCUCCCGCGGGGACGGGAUGGUUGAACGUAAUGAGGAGGUCUAUGGUGGGAUGUGAGGUGGGCAAGUGGUAUUUGACCGAGGAUGAGUUCGAGUUGAUCAUGGAUGUGUUUGAGAAGGAGACCGACUCGAGGGGCCUGCAGAGCGCUAAAGUGAGUGAAAAGGUGGAAACGGGAGCUCGAGUGCUCCACUGCGCCCACUCAUUGAAUACGUUUCGGUUUUUGGCUUGCGCCUAGGAAUCGUUCAUCCUCCCGAGCUUUGCAGGCUUGGCUCCGAUGUUCAAAGACCCGCCCAAGACGAGUCCGAAUCGAAGCGUGCAGAGCAAGCUGGGUCCUAAAGCCGAGAUCGUGUAUCCCCAUUGGCGAGCGAGGAGGGUGGCGAGGAGGUUUCAGCCGAUCAUUCCAAUACUUCAGGUGGGGGUACCUGAUCGGUUUGAUCUCAUCACUUUAUUAAACUGAAGCAUCUUGUGUCUUGGGACCACAGCAAACCGAAGGCCAAGGUGACUCGGCCUACGUUUGUUUUCGCCAACGCGACGACUCGAAACGGAUGCGCAAAACCCGCUCCUCGGACCACCGUUCCGUCGAUCGUCUCCUCCACAUCCGCGAUGACCUCUACGCGGCAUUACAUCUGUUCAAGAUGGUGCACAAGAGGGAGGUAUUGAAGUGGCAUGAGAUGGGGAUCGGAAGGGAGGUGUUUGAGAAACAGGUGGAGAUGAGAGGUUUGAAGAGGAGGCUUGGGGAAUGUGGGGGGGAUGAGGAGUUGUUAUUUAGAAGACGUCCCCCACCGGUCAAGGAGGCGGUGGGGGCGAAGGGAGUAGAUGGGUAAGUCUUUGGACAGGGAAAGCCUUUUUCUGGCGACCAUCCAAGUGCGCUAAAACCCGUGCACCUAUUCUUUCAAGUAGCCCCUCGAACGACCUCGUCACCUUCGUCGCUGCUUCGGCGGCACUUCAACGCGCAGGGGUUACCCGCGACUCGCUCCAGAAGCGACGUGAGCGCAUCCUCGCGAUCGAGACGCGGAUACAAGACGAUCUAAAAGGCAAGAAGCGGGAAAAGAGGGAGUGGAUAGACGUGUUGGACGAUCCCGUUGAGGACUCGCAUCGAAUGGGUGUGGGCGGAACGGUGUCAGGGGCUGAUUUCUGGCGCGUUGUCGAGGUCGUCUCGAGUAGGGAUCAAGACGGGAAGAGAAGGGAUGUCGUCGGCUUAGUACCUUUACCUCUCAAGGGAGUCAAUGCGACCAAGGCGGCUUGCUUUAGGAGACGGAUCGGGAGGGGUGGCAGGUUGAUGCUUGAUAGACUGCGGGUGCGAGGGGAACGACCGACCAGGUUCGAUCAACUAUCCACGGCUUCACUGGGGAGUGACGACAACGGUUCCGGAUCCGAGGAGUCUAUCGAUAUCGAUCUUUGGGCGCGCCAGAUUGAGAGAAUGAGGUACGACGACGACGAGACGAGCGAUCUAUCCCUCCCUGAGGAAGCCUCACCCCUCGACGACUUUCGCCUCGACUUGACCGUUCGACGAUCAGGGCUGCUCAAUUUCGACGACAUCGACAACAUGAUCAUUGAUGAUGGGUAUCUUACCCGGGCAUUCGAAUACGCCGCGACCCAAACGGAGAGGAUGGAUGUAGCGCCUGAGACAGUUGGUCCGCUCCCUCGUCAGGUGCUGCAUAUCGUCCCUGUCGACCAUAAUUGGACGCCGUCAGGGCCUUACGAGCAAUCGGUGUUUAGUUCGGAUGGAGGUGGACGUGCAUCGGUGAUGUCUACACCCAUGACUCGAACGUCGUCGUUUGACUCUACAAGAUCUUCCACAGUUCGAAUGGGGUCACAGAGGCCUAUGACGCCUUCGGGAUAUUCGAGGCGGUCGAGCCUUCACUCACGCGUGCCGACGGGUGACUUGGAGGCGGGACUGCUGCCACUGCCGUUCUCGCAAGGUGCCGAAAGCUAUGGGUCGAAUUCGAGGGCUUCGGGGGUAUAUGGUUACUCUGAGAUAAAUGAUGGUGCGUGGCUCUUGUCUUGACUGUAUGAGUCCUGUUCUGCGCUACUGACCGUGACAUCAACAAUAGACUGCGCAGUGCUUCACGCCCCCAACAUGCAGCGACAUGCAGCCCCUCUCGCCGUCGCGAACGGGGGUCAAGCCCCAUCGACGCAGCUUCCGCCCCCAUAUUCGAACAAGUCGUCGCUAUAUUCAGCCCACUUCUCACAUAAUCGACCUCGCGAGGCAAGGAGCGCAUCGAUUGGAUCAGCUCACGCCUCAGACGCGCUCGGCUCUCCCUAUGCAAGCCACGUGAAUAGCAACAGUCUCGGCGGGCACCCGCAAGACCCUUACGCCUCACCGAACGGCCCCGAUGGCGCACCCACUCAUUCAAACAUGACCCACCGUACGCCUGCCCCAAUGGACCAAGAUCGUUCCCCACUCGUACCACUAGGUCUAGGUCCGCGACGUUUAAGCGCGCCGCUCCGAGCUUCAUCAGCCAUGUCCCUUUCGAAAUAUACAACGCUCAGUUCGCCUACGACCACAAGUUCAACCCCCCAUCAACCCCUUCGACCUCAUUCGGCCAGUCAUUACCCGGCACCAGCUUCAUCGUCCAUCUCACCUGGUUCGCCGAUGGAGGGUACGCAGAGCCCACGAUGUACUUCGCUUCAUGAGUCGUUUCAAGCAAACUCGGGUCCGGAAAAUGCUACUUCAAUCCGCUCGGUGACGACGGGUUGGACGACGACGACGGCAGGGAUGACGAUGCACAAGACCAAGCAAGGGGCCAAGGAUGAUGCGAUGAUUCGAUGGGCUUGA